CCGGGCUGUGAUUGGCCCCUGGCUGGGAGGCUGGGCUGUGAUUGGCGCAGGCCUGUGGGGGUGUUGUUGACUCUGAAGUCGGAAGCGCCCUUCGUCUUGGAGCCGGUGAAGAGCAGAAUGUCGUACCCUGGUUACCCCAUGUCUGGUUACCCUGCCUACCCGCAAUCAGGUGGACAAUCUGGAUAUCCACAAGCUGGUGGACAGUACCCCUACCCUGGUGGUGCAGGCGGGGCCUAUCCCCCGGGUGCAGGCGGGGCUUAUCCCCAGGCUCCGGGUGCAGGAGGGGCCUACCCCCAGGCUCCGGGUGCAGGAGGGGCCUACCCCCAGGCUCCAGGUGCAGGAGGGGCCUACCCCCAGGCUCCGGGUGCAGGAGGGGCCUACCCCCAGGCUCCGGGUGCAGGAGGGGCCUACCCCCAGGCUCCGGGUGCAGGAGGGGCCUACCCCCAGGCUCCGGGUGCAGGAGGGGCCUACCCCCAGGCUCCAGGUGCAGGAGGGGCCUACCCCCAGGCUCCAGGUGCAGGAGGGGCCUACCCCCAAGCUCCGGGUGCAGGUGGGGCCUACCCCCAGGCUCCGGGUGCAGGCGGGGCCUACCCCCAGGCUCCGGGUGCGGGAGGGGCCUACCCCCAGCCACCAGCUGGAGGCUAUGCCCAGGGACCUGGCUGCCCUUAUCAGGCUGGUGGGGGUACUUACCCAGCAUCUGCAGGGGGUUACCCUGCACCCCAAGGUAACCAGUCCGGAUGGGGAGCUGGUGGCUCAGGAUAUCCAUCGUAUCCCACAGGUCCGGGUGCCCCUGGUUCUGCCCCUGGUUAUGGAGCCCCUGGUUAUGGAGCCCCUGGUUAUGGAGCCCCUCAGCCCACUGGACAAAACUACUCAGGUGGUGGUGCUCCUCCUCCAGGAGGAUAUCCAUCUGGACCCGCACCAGGUUCUACUGGCCCACAGCCAACCCCUGCACAGCCUUCAAUGCCGAACAUUGGAGGCCUCUCAAUCGGAGGCGCAACACAGGGCACCAUCAAACCUGUCGCCAACUUCAACGCACAGAAUGAUGCUGAGAUUCUACGGCAAGCCAUGAAGGGAGCUGGGACCAAUGAACAAGCAAUAAUUGACGUGGUCUCCAACCGCUCAAAUGAGCAAAGACAGAAGAUCAAAUUGGCUUUCAAGACCCUCUAUGGCAAGGAUUUGAUCAAAGACCUGAAAUCAGAACUCAGUGGAAACAUGGAGGAAAUCAUUCUUGCCCUCUUCAAGCCCACCACCUACUAUGAUGCUUGGAGUCUGAGGAAAGCAAUGGAGGGAGCUGGAACACAAGAUCGGGUUCUGAUUGAGAUCCUCUGCACCAGGAAUAACCAGGAGAUCCGAGACAUUGUACGCUGUUAUAAGGAGGAGCUGGGGCGAGAUUUGGAGAAGGAUUUGACGAAGGACACAAGUGGCCACUUCAAGAGAUUGCUCAUCUCCAUGUCUCAGGGCAAUCGCGAUGAGAAUCAGACAGUGGACAUGCAGAAAGCGACCAUGGAUGCAGAGAGAUUGUUCCGUGCGGGGGAAGGGAAGCUUGGCACAGACGAGUCGGCCUUCAACAUGAUCCUAGCCACCCGCAGUUUCCCCCAGCUCAAGGCCACUAUUCACGAAUACGGCAGGUUAGCGAACCGAGAGCUGCUGAAAUCCAUUGACAGGGAGUUUUCAGGAGACGUGCGUGAUGGAAUGUUGGCCAUUGUGCAAUGUGUGGUCAAUCGCCCGGCAUUCUUUGCUGAAAAGCUUUAUCAUUCCAUGAAAGGACUUGGCACCAGUGACUCUACCCUCAUCCGAGUUAUUGUCACUCGCAGUGAGAUUGACCUUGUUCAGAUCAAGCAGGCGUUUUGGGAGAAGUACCAAAAGGGUUUGCGUACAAUGGUGGAGAGUGACACAAGUGGAGACUACAAGCGCAUGUUGCUGUCGAUUAUUGGAAACUAAUUCUAAAACAAAUGCUUCUGGGUAACUUAAUUAGUGCCUCUUAGUAAUUUCACCAAUCUUGAAUUCAUUAAUGGAGGGAGAAAGAGACAAUAUUGCUUUUCUGAUCAUCAUACUCUUUAUAAAUUUAUGCUGUAGUUAAGCAUCAUAUCUGCAGAAAGUAGCAGUUGUGAUGUUGGUUGGAUUGUCUUCUCCAGCCUGGCACUGAAGAGGACAAUCUGCUCAUAGUCACUUUCCUUAAAGGAAAAGAAAAUCCAAGCUUUUGGAAUAAGUUUCCAAAGCGCUUCUUAAAACUUAUUUUGAAGCUAUUAUGCUUUUUACUUUGGGUCAGUAGUGAUGUGGUCAAUGUUCAGAUGAAAGAUGUUGUGUAAUGGUUUGUGCUGUGUAGUGAAAUCAUUCUCUGAAUUAGACGUUUCAGUCGAUUCUGCUUUAUACUUCACAUUGUCUGGAGGCCCAUGUUUUGUUUGUCCUACAAACUGUACGUGGCCCGUCAGUGAGGUGCAGACAAUCUGGAUUUCCAGUUUUUAACAUUUCCCAAUUCCUUACCUUAACUUGCCCUGAGCAUGUCUGGACAUCAGCACCAUCGAGUAGCCUAGAGUUUUCAUUACUACCUCAUCAGUGCUCUCCUCUCAUGAGAUAGAUUUCUGAUCAAUCUGAUCAAUCAUCAUGUUGAAAAGCUUUGUGUGGUCUAAUGUGAAGAAAUAUUGUCUCUGAAUCCUCUAAAAUAAGAGUCUGUUUAAAAAUUGGGAAUAUUUCUGAACAGUGUUUGUAGGACAUUUGUCCCCAGUAGCUGCUGUGUUAUUCUCUCUGUAUAAUCCUGUGUGGUCCAAUAAUUAGAAUGUUUAAAAGAUUGUACUCCCUGCAUUAGUUAAUGCAUGAAACCUGUUCCCCCUCAAAACAUGAAGCUGAUCACAGCUCAUUACUGCGGGUUUGGGUACUAAUGGUGGAGAUGAACUCCUUGUGCUGAGGAGGUCCCUUCAGCAGCCUUUGCCCGCACCUCCACUCUCCUCCAUCUUAUCAGGAUUAUGUUUUUCUUUGGCUAAAUUCUGGUAAGUGAUCCUCGGGAGUUGCUCAGAUCUCCACAAGCAACGUGAGUGACAGCAUCCUGGUUCACGUUGCCUGUGUACCCAUGUACCCGUCCUCUGUACCCAUGUACCCGUCCUAUCUACCCAUGCACUGCAUUCUACUCAGCUUGGCAGCAAGGAGCAUGUUAUCAUGUGGACUAUGAUGAAUUGAAGAAUUCUAUAUUAAAGCCAUAUAUUCUUCUGCAACAAUAUAGCUCUAGUUUAUGUAAUACGUGCCUUGUAUAUCAAAUGCAAAUUUAGAUUGUAUUUUAUAUUUCUAGAAUAGACAACAAAGAAUAUAUACUUUGAAUGUGAUUGUAAAUGUGUCCCUUUUACAAUGAAGGUUCAUGGGGGGGAGCUAAAUGAAUGGUGUCCCCACUGGGCCUGAAUAUAACAGUUGCCAUAAAUUGAUAUUUUUCUGUAAGUCUGGAUAUUCAUGGACUGCCAAAACUCACCUGUGAUUUUUCUAAACCUGAUUUCCCUCGGUUUUAAUUUCUUCCGUUCACUUGGUCAGAUUUUGACCUGUCCUGGAGUAAUCCUCUCCCCCACACAGCCUGAGCUUUGGUCAGAUUAAUUUCUGUCCCGCUUCUCACCUCUACCUGGGCCCCCAGAUCAGCUGUCAGUCCUGGGCGGUGUUAAACUGGGAACAAAAACAGAAACAGAAAUACCUGGAAAAACUCAGCAAGUCUGGCAGCAUCGGCGGAGAAGAGCACAGCUGACGUUUUGAGUCCCCACGACCCUUCAGCAGAACCCAGACCUGCUGAGUUUUUCCAGGUAUUUCUGUUUCUGUUUUUGUUUUGGAUUUCCAGCAUCUGCAGUUCUUUGCUUUUAUCUCAGUGUUAAACUGGGAAUGUGCAGUGAUGGAGUCGCACUCCGGGACUGUGUGCUGUGAUCCCGGUGAUGAGCAUCACAGAUAAAACUGAUCGGCAGACACGUUAGGCUUUUAAUAAAGUGACAGUGCUCAGGGAAAACGAGAGUGCUCAUGGCCCAGGAAUUGUUCCUGGGAGCUUGUGGAUGCUCUCUAGGGACCCCUGCUGGAAAGUAUGGCAAGGACAGGAUUUUGCUUGAAUGUGAUGUACCCUGUGGUGGAUCAGCCUGACAGUGGACACUCCCAGGCUGUGAAACUUAAGGCUGAGUCCCUGCAGCAGGGGUGUGGCGAAUUGGCUUCAUCCCAUAAGAGUUGUGGAAUGAUGCAGCCUCUAACUUGCCCUGAACUGUGAGCCACAUUGACCAAGUUGAAAUGUGAGUAACCUGUAAACUCCAACUUAUCAUUGUUCAGAUUUUCUGCUUUACAGUUUAUGUUGCCAAGACUCUCAAUGACGUUUAAAAAUGCCAAUGUUAGUAAAAUGGAAUCACUGUAAAGUGCUCCAGUGAUAGGAAACACUGAGCACCCCUGUGUUUUCUGUUCUAAUGGUGGUUCAAAUUCCCAGUCUAAAGUUUUGCCAAUAGUUAUAUUAAUGAAAUAAAAAUAAAACAUCGAUGA